UGACAAGUGUCGUGAUGGCAGACGACAACAAAAUCUGACGUUUGAUUUUGGUUGGAUUCAGUAAUUUCAGUUUAUUAUUUCGUGGUCUGUCGUAGCGUAAUGCAAACGCUCAGUUCUCAACCGGUUUUCCAUCAUGUUUAACAAACUCGAUACUAUUAAAAUGAUUGCUCUUGGCCGUAAUUUUUCCAUCGGCACUCUCUACAAUCACAUUGAAGACGUCAUUGUACCAAAUAUGCGUCUGUGGGAUCCAAGUGACGUUUCUCGUCUGGCCACUGUCAAGACAGAACAGAAAGAAACUGUCAAAGUUCAUUCAAUUGUGGCCGAGCACAGGAGUGAAGAAGAAGAUGAUAUCGAAGAUGAUGAACAUGGGACCACCUUGUUGUCUGAUUUGGGAAUGGACAAUCACUCGGCCAUGAGUUUGAUGGCUGGACUGUUACGUCCUUCAUUGGCAGGAGCUUGGCAGUACCCGAUUGAUCGAUCUGAUUUUACCACGUUUGAUCACGGUGCUGAAGUGGCCGUCCAUUGUCGUUCUUCCAGCAGGAAAGUCUCAGUCGACCCCACUAGCCUGGAAAUUAUCUGCCGGCCAGAGAGACUCAUCAAGAGCCAGGCCACUCACGUCGUUGUAGCGGUCACUUACGGCCUGGAGGCCUUCUGCAUUUUCUCUCCUCAACUCGGCCCACUUCCUAAAAAUUCCAGGGACGACGACGACUACGCCCACUUCUUUGCCAACGGACUUUUGAAUGGCCGAAAUCGACUAGAACUGGACGAAGAAGAUGAAGACCACCUUAUUCCGUUAGACUUGCUGUGUCUCCUGUACAGCGACUUGAUUGGCGUCAAAAGUGGACAAAGCUGGACUUUGAAGGACGUCGGCGAGCAGUACCAAGCCUGCAGGAAAGUCAUGGAUCACCUGGCCAGCACGGCCAUCCCGUUGAGAGUGUGGUUGUACCCUCUUGGUAAGCUGAUGCAGACGGAAGCCAAUAACAUCUACAGGAUUUCCAGCAACAUUUUGGAUCUCCCCCGUGACCUAGUGAUCCGCUGGCAGAAAAUGUGGAACCGGAUGCGACGAGUUCGACGUGAAACGGACUCGUUGGUUCACCAUUUACAACACAUUUCCAAUGGCCAAAUCCCUCCCAACUGUCGUCAAAGAAUCAAAGACUUUGACGGAUUAAUGGCCAAAUUCACAUCCGCUUUGUAAUCCAAGUUGCUGCCAGAAUGGACCACUUGCUUCCGGAAAGGGGCCGACCUGUCGACGGAGAAGAUGCUGGAAAUGAUGGAAACAAUUGAGAACAAAUCGCCUUUCUCCACCAAAGGAUUAAGCUUAUGGCUAAGCCACCAGAAACAUCAGAUCGAGACCUUGACCAGGUUGGUCCAGUUGCCUGGCAUCCGGCUUCUCCUGGGAGCGGAUCAGCUGAAAAAGGAGAUCAAGAAUCCAGGAUAUGAUCGAUCGUUCGCCGUUGUUCUCCACCUGCCAAGUCUUGCUGGACAGUCGGACAUCAGUCCAGUAAACGAGAUGAGCCGUUUCGUCGACGUGUUCAGCACAUCGCAUCCAUCCAGCUGGACACAAUGGGCAAGUAACAAUAUUGCCGGAUUAGACAGCAGUCGAAUGUCAGCCGCCCGUCGUCGGUGUUUUAUCGCUGGCCAAGAAUUCUCCGGAUGGGUGACGGAUUGUAACCGGGACACACCCAACGUGCGGUACAUGGUCUUUUACGACGAAGAAUUGUGCCAAGAUGGCGAAACAAUUUCCCCAUCCAUUCGGUUAUACGACAGCUAUUCCGGAGAAGUUGUGCAGAAUAAUUACACCAUUCCCAAAACUCCUGGCCCAGUCACAGUCAAAAAGAACUAUCGUGGCGUCAUCACGCUGAGCUGGACAACUGAGGAGGAAGUCGACGAGCCCAAUUUCAUUUUGCAGUAUCGGAGUGUGGAUAGAUCCGGAGAAAGUUGGGAUUCCAUUCAACAUCAUUCCAAGACAAUUACAAUCAGUUAUCUGCAGUCGGAGGAGAGUUACGUGUUUCGCGUUGCCGCAGUGACACCAGGUGGGAGGAGUCGGUUCAAUCCGGUCAACUGCGAGGUGACAAUCAAUCCGGUUUGUCGGCCGCCAAUCGGAGUCAUCUGCCAGUCAGCGACCGACACUAGCAUCACCAUUUCCUGGUACCAUUUCAUUUUUGACGAAGAAGAAAUUGAAGUUGCGAGUGAAACAGAAAGUGAAGAAGAAAUGGAAAUUACCGUCAAGUAUUUUGCUGUUGAAUGCUGGGCCGAUGGCAAUCAAGAUUCGUCUUUCAUCCAGCGAUCGACGACAAGCAAAACUUUCACCCUCGAACCGCUCGUUCCAGACACGCUCUACUGCGUCCAGGUCAGAGCCGUUUGCACCGACACCAACGGGUCUGUUUUCUACAGUUUGGCUUGCCGGAUCUUGAAGAUUAGGACGCCGCGGGAAGCCGAACGGGCAGCUCUCAUCGUCCGCCGAUCCAGCCGAAAGUGUUCCAGUGACAGGUGCCCAGGUGUUGACUUUUACACUUUACCGGUCAAGAAACAUCGAGGGGCCCAAACGCAGGGAGUCGGGCACUAUGUGCUGGGAAAAUCGAGUUAUUUGGCGUUGGCCGGCAAGCGUCGUCAACGGACCAUCUUGAUGCUGGGCGCCACCGGUUCCGGCAAGAGUACCCUAAUCAACGCUAUGGUGAAUUACAUGCUGGGCGUCGAGUGGGACGACGAUUUCCGUUUUAAAUUGAUCGACGAGCCGGCCGACAAGUCACAAGCUCACAGUCAGACGGAUUUGGUAACCACCUACGACCUGUACGAGAUGAAAGGAUCCCGGCUGAAUUAUUCUCUGACCGUCGUUGACACUCCAGGAUUUGGUGACACUCGUGGGCUGGAAAAAGACAAGAAAAUUAUGCAGCAAAUCCAAGAUUAUUUCCAGUGUCGUCACGGAAUUCAACAAUUGGAGGCCGUCUGUUUCGUCGUCCAGUCGUCUCUUCCCAGAUUGACGGCUACUCAACAAUACAUUUUCGACUCCAUCUUGUCUAUUUUUGGACAAGAUAUUAAAGAUAAUAUUCGUCUGAUGGUGACAUUUGCUGACGGUGCUUUGCCGCCGGUCCUUGGUGCAGUCAAAGAGGCCGGCAUUCCGUCGCCCAUGGAUCCAUCCACCGGCCUUCCUUUACAUCACAAAUUUAACAAUUCCAUUUUCUUUACUUCCAACAAGGGCGACCGGCAGACAAACGAAUUCAACCGGACCUAUUUUGACAUGGCAAUUGGCGGUUUCGACAAAUUCUUUGACGAUUUGAGUCGCAUGGAAACCAAAUCGUUGACGCUGACCCGAGAAGUCCUCGAGGAACGGAAGCGACUGGAAAGUCUUGUCGAAGGUCUACAACUUCGUACACAAAUCAAACUGACCCGCAUCGACGAGUUCCAGCAAAUCAAGAGGAUUUUGGCGGAAAACCACGAUCAAAUGGACGCCACCAGGAAUUUCGAAUUUGAAGUGGAAUUUCUCGUUCCAAAAGCAACUGACAUCAGCAGAACGGGCCAGUUCACCACCAACUGCCAAAAGUGUCGCACAACUUGCCAUUUCCCUUGUAGACAAGCUCACGACGCAGAUAAACAUUUUUGCUCUGUCAUGGACCGAAGCGGCAACUGUAUGAUAUGCAAAUGCCCGUGGAAUGUCCAUUUCAAUCAAAAGUACCGGUACGAAAUGGUGAAGGAGAAGGUCCAGCGUUCAUCCGACGCCAUCCGGCAACAGUAUCAAGAGGCUACGAGUGAAGCGAUGACCAACGAACAGCUGCUGGAACGGAUCCAGAAGGAGAUCGACGACUACGAGGCGCAACUGCUGGACUUGAUGCAACUCACCUACCCGUGCAUCCAGCGACUGAACGAGAUCGCUCUCCGGCCUCACCCUUUAUCUGCGCCCGACUACAUUAAUUUGAUGAUUGAAACCGAGAAACAAGAACAUCGUCCAGGAUAUCAGCAGAGAAUCGCCACCCUGCAGAAACUCCGCCAAAUGGCCGACAUCACGGCCAAACUGAUCCGCGACCAGCAGAGCACUCGACUACCGCCGCCGCCAACCCAGCAGCAACGACGGACAGCCGUCGGAAGUCGUCGGUUGUCUUCGUUAUUCUCCGGAUUAUAUUUACGUCCCACUUCCAGGAAUGGUUUGUGAAAUCUCACACCUUAUUUAUUUACAUGUCCAAAAAGAGAAAUAAUGAUUAUUUGAAAAAGAUAUUGAUAUAACAUUAAUCGUGUAAUACAGAUCCGCUAAAAUUAUGUAUUGAUAUAAUCAAAUAAGGAGUGAAUAAAGCCAGAUAAUUAUAUGAGAUAAAUCAUAA